AUGGCUUAUUUCCAACAUGGCGACCCCAGUGAGGAAUCUCAAAAGAGUGAGAAUCUUCGCUUAAUUAAAUCAAAAAAUGAAGACAUUAAGUCAUUGAAACAACUAAUCGAAGUUCUAGAUGAAUCCAAAAAGGAAUCUAGAACACAACUAACAAAGAUUUUAUCAAACGUUAAAGAUACAGAACGUUUUAACAAAAUCAAACAAGUUCAAUCUGAAUUACAACAGAUUGAAUCGAUGGCAGAAUAUCAUGCUACAUCAUUAAUUAAAUUACAAAAAGAAUUAUCAAGACUAACAUUGUCUGAUAACAAUAACACAACUGAAAAAAAAACUAAUAUCAAGGAAAACAAAAUUAAUACAAAUGUUUUAAAAAUUACUCCAAAAAACAACAUAUUGGAAUAUAACUCUCCAGAACCAACUCUUUUGCUGUCAAACAAUGAUUCAAGAGGUAAGUUCUAUGAGGUUAGGACAAGUAAUGGAAAAGAAGUACGCUUCUAUUAUGAAGAUCCCUCUGCGCAACUAAGCGAAAAAUUGGAAGAAUUAAGUACUUUCCCGAAAUGGUGUGAUAAUCUAUCAAGUCUAUGUAAUAUUUGGCACUUAGAUAAUAUCACAAAAGGUGAAGAUAUCACAGAAGGUGAAGAGGUGAUAUUAAGGAAAGUCAUUCAAAACUCAUUAGGAAAAAAACUUUACAGUUUUGGUAAACUAGGAUCAACGGCAACCGAAAUAUUUCUAGAACUAGAAAAUGUAACAAAGAAAAAAUUCCCAAGAGUAACUAAAGACAAGAUGUGGAAAAAGAUAUUAAUUGACAAAUAUUGUUCUAACACAAAUGAAAUUAGACAUGUGUUAGACAAUAUCAUUUUACUGGAAAUUUAUACAGAAGAUCCAGAAAAUGCCAAACCACUGGACAAUAAGUUUAUCAAUAUGAAAAUUUAUAAAUGUCUAAGUAACGACCUUAGAACUUCAUUGAUGAACUCUGCGAUGGGACUAGAAGAGCUAUUGAACAAAUCACCAAGAGAGAUGAUCACUGUAAUCAUAGCAAACAUUAACCUAAUCAAAGAGCUCGCGGAGGUCUAUGAGGAAGAUGAAAGACCAUGUCAGACGUGUAAUUCUUUACUUCAUGGUUAUUGGAACUGUCCAUUAAAGAAAGUAACUGAUCUUGGCAAGAUACAGGAAAUUGAAUCUGGUAAGAUCAUUAGAAGAGUUACUAAUAAAAAAACAAAAAAUAUAGAAAAAUCUCCAAAAAUCAAAGAAAAAAAUUAUAAAACAGAAAAAAUAAAAAAUAAUAAUACUACAAACAAGCCCCUAGACAUCGCUAUAGAUACAUGUUCAGGAAUAAAUCUAACACCAGAAUUACAAUGGAUCGAAGACUAUGAAAGUUUAGACACAAGACCAACAUUCUUUGGAGUUGGAGAAGGCAAUGCCAUUAAAAUUACUGGAAAAGGUAAAUUAAAAAUUAAGACCAAUACAAACAAGACAGAUUAUCUUCCAGUCUUUUAUGCUCCAAAAGAAGAUGCUACAAUACUAAGUGCUAUCUGUCUAAGAGACAAAGUAGGAUUCACUAUUGACAGUAAUUACAGAUAUUUAAAGAACAAGAACUUUUUGGUACCUAUGAAAAUAGUUAAUAAAACAUUGUGGGUACAUCACGAAGAUAUUUUAACAGUACCUACAACUCAGAAGGUUAGAAGAAUAACUCCAAUGAACCCUACUGCUAUAAACAAGACUAUUGAGUACAAAGAAGCUCAUCAAAGACUGUCACAUGCAUCUUCACAAGCUAUUAUUGAAUCGAUAAAAAAGGGAAUAUUCGCAGAUGUAAAAGAUAUCACAAAUUCAGAAAAUACGGAAUGUGAAAUAUGUCUGUUAGGCAAAUCCACAAGACAUAACCAUUAUAAGGGUGCAAUGAAUUAUCACUAUAAAGAUAAGGAACCUGGAUACUCAUGGAGUCUUGAUAUUUUUGGACCAGUAGCUACAAAUGUACCCAACAAUCCAAAAUAUAUGCUGGUAAUGAUUGACAGUGUUUCACGCUAUUUAAUUACAAGUUUCCAUACCACGAAGGAUAAAAUUACCAUAGGAAAUCAAAUUGAGAAGAACAUUAAUAGAAUAGAAAAACAAUUUGAAAGAACAGUGAAAGAAUUAAGAAUGGAUCGGGGAACAGAAUUCCAUAAUGAAUAUUUACAAGGAAUUUUGAAUGGACUUGGAAUAGUUCCAAUUUACACUUCAACUCAGGAUCAUGCUGGUAAUGCCCGUGCAGAAAGAGUCAUCAGAACAAUUUCAGGUGAUAUUAGAACUCUACUUACGCAGACGACUAUGUCACAAAGAUUUUGGCACUACGCUGCCAGGGCUGCUACAGAGGUUCGUAAUUGUAUUUACAAUAAGCAAAUUAAAACGUCACCGGUAAAACUGGUGAGUAAACCCAAUAUUGAGAUCUAUUUACGAUCAUUUAUCCCAUUCGGAGCCCCCGCUGUGAUUUGGCAACCGACCAAAAACAAACAGAAACCCACGGGAUAUAUUGCAAGAGCUUUGUGUAAGAAUAUUGAAGGUGAUGGUUACGUAUUUUUUGUCCCCCAAGGAAAAAGUCACAAGAUAAUUCCAACAAAUAAUUAUACUAUAUUGAAUCCAAAUAACAUAGAAACUAAGACAAAAGACUAUGAUCAAUUCUACAAAGACAUUCUUCAUCAGAACAAUGGUAAAUUUGAAAUGACAGACUAUGAUGCUCAAGAGAUAGAACAUUUAUUUCACAACGAAGAAAAUCUUACUGAUAAUGAAAUAGACUACUUUUCUGACAUUGAAGAACAUAAUGAUACUGACAUGGAAUUAGAGAACUUAGCUGAAGAACUAGUAAGUGAAAAUGAAUUGGUAAUAAGUGAUGAGUCAAUAACUGAUGAUGAUAUAGAACAAGUAAGUGACACAGACGUAGAAGAAGAGACAGAGUUAUUCAAUGAACAAGAACAAAAUAAGAAUAACGAAGGUACAACUAAUACAGUGAAUCAGUUAACAGAUGACAUAGAAACUGUCACAUCUAUGGAAGAUCAAGAUAAUUCCAUGGCAGAUAAAAUUUUUGAGAAUGAAGAACAAAUAAAAGACCAUAACACUGUCGAUGAUGAAGGCAAUGAUAAAAUUGAUCCAACUAUCGAAGAGUACAAUGAAACAUCUUUUUCACCCAACACCAUAGAUGAUGAACCACAAACACAAGUUACUAAAGAUGUAGUAAAACAGCAUACUGAAAAUGAAAAUAUAUAUGAAAAAGAUGUUGGAGACACUUCUACUGAUCAUCACAAAGAAAUCAAGGAACCGAAUAAGAAUAGUGAACAAACACAAAAUAAUACAAAAAUUAAUGAGUCAAAAUCCACAAAAAUAAAUAAGAGAAUAUGGUGGAAAGAUAAUAAAACUACAAAACCAAGAAAUAUUCCAAAAUUUCUAACUAAAAAAUUAAAGUCACUAGAAAAACCGGUAGUGCGCAAUAAAAAAAAUAAUACAAAAAUUAAUGAGUCAAAAUCCACAAAAAUAAAUAAGAGAAUAUGGUGGAAAGAUAAUAAAACUACAAAACCAAGAAAUAUUCCAAAAUUUCUAACUAAAAAAUUAAAGUCACUAGAAAAACCGGUAGUGCGCAAUAAAAAAAAUAAUAGAAGAACUAUUGAAGAGCUAGAUGACACAGAAAAUGAUAGUGAAAGUGACAAUAGUGAAGGUAGUGAUAUGAUAAUUCCUUCAUCGCUAAAAGAAAGCACUACAAAUGCACUAAAAAAUAUAAAAAAUGACGGUAGACCUGUAUCAAUCAGAACAAGAAAAAAUAAAAAGAUGCGGUUGAGACGUAUAAAACUAAAAAAUAAAAACAAUAAUAAAAUAAAAUUUAACAAGGUUAGAUCCAUCUAUUUACGUGAUGCCAUAACAAAUAACAAAAAUGUAGAAGAGAAGAUCAAAUUCAAGCAGGCAUUACAGAAGGAAAUAAACAGUUUUAUCCAAACAAAAACUAUUGACCCAACAAUAAAACUGAACAAAAGAGAGGUACCAGGAGAUCAAGUAAUUCCAAUACAACCUAUAUUUGAUAUCAAACGUGACGGAACUUAUAAAGCUCGUAUUGUGGCUAGAGGUGACUUACAGUCUGAUGAAUCAUAUGGAGACAUCGAUACAUCACUGUUAAAUAUGGAAAGCUUAAAGUUGUUUCUAAUUCUCGCAUUAGAAAAAGAACUGACAAUUAGAACAAUGGAUAUUAACCACGCCUUCUUAUAUGCUGAUAUUGAAGAAAAAUUAUACAUACAGCAUCCACAGGAUAGAUCAAAAAUUACUCCUCUUUAUAAAUCAAUUUAUGGCCUAAAACAAAGUCCAAAGAAUUGGAAUGACACACUACGUACUUUCAUGAAUAAGAAUGGACUCUAUGAUACUGAAUACUCCCCAGGGUUUUAUACAAAUGAGGACAGAAGUGUGAUGAUAGCUGCAUAUGUAGAUGAUACAGUAAUUGCAGCAAAGUCUGAGGAAGAUAUAGAUAAAAUAAUAAUAAUGUUUCAAAAGGAGUUUACUCUAAAAAUUGUUGGUACCAUGAAAAAUAACCGUCUAUCAACAGAUAUAUUAGGUCUAGACCUUGAAUAUGAUUUAAAUACCGGGCAAGCAACAUUGUCGUUAAAUGGCUACAUCCAACGAAUGAUGAAAGAAUUUCCAGAAAUACAAACUAAAAGGAAAUUCAAGACUCCAUUUCCAUCUGAAUAUAAAUAUAAUCCAAUAUAUGAGAAGAGUGACUUCAACGAAAAUGAGAUGAAAGAUAAAGUAAAGAAGUUACAACAGAUAGUAGGAAAAAUUACAUAUAUUAGGAGCAGAGGUAGACUUGAUAUUGAGUUUGCAGCAGCAAAGGUUGCCAGACUCACAAAACUUCCACAUAGUAAAGUUUUUGAAUGGGUAGAAAGAAUUAUCAAAUACCUGGAUCAAACGAGGGACUUAAAACUAACUUUAAAAAAGGAUAUACAAAAGUGUCCAAAAUUGACAAUGAUCUCGGAUGCUUCCGUAGCAACAGAAUAUGAUUAUAAAUCCAGGAUAGGGGUGCAUAUUUGGUAUGGGAAUAACUUAAUACUUUCACAAAGUAAACAAACAACAAAAACGUGUAAUUCAUCACCUGAAGCUGAACUCUAUGGUAUUAACUAUGGUACACUCAUGGCAUUGAUGUUAAAAGAAAAAAUUGAAAAAAUUACAAGGAGGAAAAUACUAGUAGAUGUAAUAAGUGAUUGUCAACCAGCACUUGACUGGAUAAAACAACCGUAUAUGAAAACCAGAAAAAAACCAAUAUUGAUACCACUCACAAGACUCAGAGAAGAAUUUGAAAAGAAUAAUAUUAAUCUCUUUAAAAUUAGUGGAGUAGAAAAUGUAGCUGAUGAACACACAAAGGUUGUGACAGCCGAAAAAUUUAAGACUCUUAUAAACAUAAUGAAUGGUACAGUGAACCCACAGACAUUACUUCCAUAUAUUGAAAAAAUAGAAAUAAACUAUAUUGGGAGACCAGAUCCUGAAUAA